GGUACGGCCACGCGGCCCCCAGCACGGACGGGGGGAAGGUCUUCUGCAUGGUCUACGCCCUGCUGGGGAUCCCCCUCACCCUCGUCAUGUUCCAGAGCUUGGGGGAGAGGAUCAACACCUUCGUCAGGUACCUCCUCCACCGCAUCAAGAAGUGCCUUGGCCUGAGACGGGCGGAGGUCUCCAUGGCCAACAUGGUCACCAUCGGGUUCUUCUCCUGCAUCAGCACCCUCUGCAUCGGGGCAGCCGCCUUCUCCUACUACGAGCACUGGAGCUUCUUCCACGCCUACUACUACUGCUUCAUCACCCUCACCACCAUCGGUUUCGGGGACUACGUGGCCCUGCAGAAGGACGAAGCCCUCCAGAACAACCCCCAGUACGUGGCCUUCAGCUUCGUCUACAUCCUGACGGGGCUGACGGUCAUCGGGGCUUUCCUCAACUUGGUGGUGUUGAGGUUCAUGACCAUGAACGCCGAGGACGAGAAGCGGGACGCCGAGCACAGGGCUCUGCUCACCCGCAACGGCCAAGCUGGUCCCCUCCGUGCCCCAGACCCCUCCUCGACCGUGCCAGCGGGGGCCACGUCGGGAGGUGGGGGAGGAGGAUUUCGGAACGUCUACGCCGAGGUUCUCCACUUCCAAUCCAUGUGCUCGUGCCUGUGGUACAAGAGCCGGGAGAAGCUGCAGUACUCCAUCCCCAUGAUCAUCCCCAGGGACCUCUCCACCUCGGAUACGUGCGUGGAGCAGAGUCACUCCUCCCCCGGCCCUUGCCCGGAGACCCCU